AUGGCAGCUGCCUCUUUCCGCUACGGCAUGACCAUCACCGGGGCCGUGCUGCUGGUGACGGGGACGCUGUGCUUUGCCUGGUGGAGCGACGGGGAGGUGGGCACCCUGGCCAGCAGCGGGGCUGGGCUCCUGCCUCCCCAGGAAGCCGAGGCAGUUCCCGGCUCCUCCUCCAGCGCCCUGCUCCGCUCCGUCAGCUUCUUCUGCUGUGGCAUCGGUGGCAUCCUCCUCCUCUUCGGGCUCCUCUGGUCCGUGAAAGCCAAUGCCAGGGUGGUCUCCCGCCGCUACCAGUACCAUUUCCCCAGGGACCUGCAGUACUUCACCGCAGAGCCUCUGGAGAAGUGGAACUGCAGCUCCUGGGACGCCAGCGCCAUCCCCACCUAUGAAGAAGCCCUGACCUGCAGACCUGCCCACGGUGCCCCAGCCUACGUGCAGCCCCCAGGGAGGAAGGAGGAGCUCACGCCGCCCCUGUACUGCUACCUGGAGGAGGACGAGAGCUGGCAGGGUGGCCGCCGGCGCAGCUCCUCUGACAGCGCCUUGUUCCGCCCCAGUCCAUCCUGGCUGGAGACCCAGCACCCCGGGGAGCCGCAGGCAACGCCUCCCCCCAGCUACGAAAACAUCAGCGUCCGGGGCGUCUGA